CCGCCUCACAAUUCAGACUACUCUGUUUUGGAAUUUACGAAUCAGAAGAUGGGACAGUGCCUUGGGUGUAUUCAGGUUGACCAGUCUACGGUUGCAAUCAGGGAAACUUUUGGGAAGUUUGAUGAUGUGCUUGAACCUGGUUGCCAUUGUCUGCCUUGGUGUUUGGGUAGCGCAGUAGCUGGACAUCUCUCUCUACGAGUCCAGCAAUUGGAUGUUCGAUGUGAAACCAAGACCAAGGAUAAUGUCUUUGUUACUGUGGUUGCUUCCAUUCAAUACCGAGCUUUAGCUGACAAAGCUUCAGAUGCCUUCUACAAGCUCAGCAAUACCAGGGGGCAGAUCCAGUCAUAUGUCUUUGAUGUUAUCAGGGCAAGUGUUCCAAAGCUGGAUCUGGAUUCAACCUUUGAACAGAAGAAUGAUAUUGCCAAAGCUGUGGAAGAGGAACUUGAAAAGGCCAUGUCACAUUAUGGGUUUGAAAUAGUGCAGACAUUGAUUGUGGAUAUUGAACCAGAUGAGCAUGUGAAGAGGGCAAUGAAUGAGAUCAAUGCAGCUGCUAGGAUGAGGUUGGCUGCAACUGAGAAAGCUGAAGCAGAGAAGAUACUACAGAUUAAGCGAGCUGAAGGAGAGGCAGAGUCCAAGUAUCUGUCAGGGCUUGGCAUAGCAAGGCAGCGCCAGGCUAUUGUAGAUGGGCUGAGAGACAGUGUGCUGGCCUUUUCUGAGAAUGUACCGGGGACAUCAUCAAAGGAUGUCAUGGACAUGGUUCUGGUGACACAAUACUUUGACACAUUGAAAGACAUCGGUGCGUCUUCAAAGUCCAAUUCAGUUUUCAUCCCACACGGACCUGGUGCUGUGAAAGACAUUGCUUCUCAGAUAAGAGAUGGUCUCCUUCAAGGAUCAACUCGCUCGUGAUGUCCCUAGUACGGAGAUAUGAAGUUGGAGGUGCAGGCAUAUAUAAGCUUCAUUAUCUACUUGUUAGUUCUAUUAAGCAAGGCUAGUAAUCAUUGUAUUAAGCAUAUAUAAGCUUCAUUAUCUACUUGUUACUUCUAUUAAGCAAGGCUACUUGUUAGAAAAGUACAUUAAGAGGCUUCAUACUCAUCCAUUCCGACCUCAUUGUCAUCAUAGUCUUCAUGAUCCCUUUCAUUCGCAUUGUCCUCAUUAUUUUCAUUCGCAUUGCCUUCAAUAUCAUUGUUAUCUUCUUGACUUUCAUUAUCA